AUGAAAAUCGAAUUAAAACAAGAAAAUCAUCUUCUUCCUCGAAAAAAGCGUCGUCAACUCGAGAGAAAAUUAGUUAAAGCAAAACGAAAUGCAUGGCAACAUCGAGAAAAAGAUGCUAAAGAACAGCGUCGAAAGAAUUUACUUGAAGAUAAUCAAGCUGAAGAUAUGCAUAUAAAAAAAUUAGAAAAACUUUUAGGUAUCAAAUCUGAUAGAAAAACUUAUUUACGUGGUUUUGUUGAUGAUGGGUUGGAUUUUUUACUUGAUUUUUGUGAUAGAGAUCAACGGAAACAAAUCCUCCUUGCAGAAGGUGAUGGAGAAGGUAAUGCUUGGUAUGAUGAAAAUGAUGAAGAUCAACAAUGGUUAGCUAAAAAACAAAAAGAAAGAGUUAAAUUAGCAAAUAAAACUGAAGAUAUUAAACAAGAUAAAACAAAAAAGAAAAAAAACAUCUGUAGUUAA